AUGGGCAUCAGCAGAAUGGUAGCCAAUUCUGUUGCAUAUAGAAACAGAUUACCUGAUUUUACCUUCAGUUCAGAUAGCAUUUGUCAAGAGUUUGUUAGGAGAAGUGGAACCAUGAAAGAAUCUAAGUUAGCAGUUUUUGGAUGUAAGAGUGGGUUAAUUAGCAAAUUACUUGUUAGAGCUCGGAUGUUAGGUUUGUCAGUGUUACCUUCUACAGUAGAUGCACUUGUUUUUUGUAUUGUUUGGCUAGAUCUGAUUCAGUCCUUUUCGAGUUGUGCUGAUGUUUUGGCAGCAGUAUCAAGAGAGCAUUUGAAACAUCAGUUGCCUGAUCCUACAAAGGAAUAUAGAGUUAAAAGAGUAUAUAAAGCUUUACUUAAGGAAUAUAAAAAAGAAAAAGACCCAGAAUGGCCAUGA